AAGUAUUCAGAGUUCAGAGUCCAUGUUGACGUGGACGGAGCAGCAGAGGAGACCAGAUUCAAAGAUGGUCGGUGUUUCUGGUUCAUGUCUCUGAAUGACUGAAGUCCAGAAGAUGGAUGAUUGUGUGGAGAAAGAGGAGGAGAGACCAGAGUCUCCAGGAUCCAUCUGUCUCUCUAUGAAGAGUGACCGGUCCAUAUAUAAACCUCCAUACUUCAGUAAUGAACCUGGACCAUCAGACACAAAAGGUCGGAACCGCAGUCAGAGACCAGAGUCUCCAGGAUCCAGCUGUCUGUCUAUGAAGAGUGACUGGUCCAUGGACCGACCUCCAGGGUUCAGUAACACAAAAGGUCGGUACUGCAUUCAGAGACCAGAGUCUCCAGGAUCCAGCUGUCUGUCUAUGAAGAGUGACUGGUCCAUGGACCGACCUCCACUCUUCAGUAAAGAACCUGGACCCUCCGACACAAAAGGUCGUUACUUCAGAAGAGCAAAUUCUGCAGCCUCCAGUUGUCUGUCUACGAAGAGUGACGUCUCCAAAGAUCUACCUGAAAACUUCAACAAUGAAACUGCUCCAAUGAAACGGAGCUCCUACCAGUCGGCUUCAUCGGAAAAUCUGGGAUAUGGAAAAAGAUCCAGAGCAAGCUUUCCACAAGCAGAUGCCGGUCUGCAGGAGGUCCUAGAUGAACAUAAGAUCAGUCUGAGGAGCAGAUGUGAACAUGUGACUGAAGGAAUUGAUGAAACAGGAAGUAGAACCCCCCUCAACAGGAUCUUCACUGAGCUCUUCAUCACAGAGGGACUGAGUGAAGAGGUUGAUACCCAACAUGAGGUGAGGCAGCUGGAGACAGCGCCCCGGAUGAAGAGCCUCCAUGACGCUCCAAUCAGAUGCCAAGACAUCUUUAAAGCCUUACCUGACCAACGUGGAGCCAUCAGAGUGGUUCUGACGAAUGGCGUUGCUGGUGUUGGGAAAACCUUCUCGGUUCAGAAGUUCUCUCUGGACUGGGCCGAGGGCUCCGAGAACCAAGAUGUCACCGUGGUGAUUCUGCUCUCGUUCAGGGAGCUGAACCUGAUCAGAGAUGAGCAGUUCAGUCUUCUCAGGCUGAUCCAGGUUUUCCAUCCAUCGUUACAGAAGCUCACAGCAGAGCAGCUGGCUGCUUGGAAACCGUUGUUCAUCUUUGACGGCCUGGAUGAAAGCAGACGUUCACUGGACUUCAACAAUGGUCCGGUCGUGUCUGACGUCACACAGAGCUCAUCGGUCAACGUGCUGCUGACUAACCUCAUCCAGGGGAACCUGCUUCCCUCAGCUCUCAUCUGGAUAACUUCCAGACCUGCAGCAGCCUAUCAGAUCCCUCAGAAAUACGUUGACAGGGUUACAGAAGUACGAGGCUUCACCGACGGCCAGAAGGAGGAAUACUUCAGGAGGAGGUUCAGGGAUGAAGAGCGGUCCAGCAGCAUCGUCUCCCACAUGAAAACAUCCAGAACCCUCCACAUCAUGUGUAAACUCCCGGUCUUCUGCUGGAUCACUGCUACAGUUCUGGACCACAUGUUGACCACAGAGCAGAGAGGAGAGCUGCCCAAGACCCUGACUGACAUGUUCUUACACUUCCUGCUGGUCCAGACGAAGAGGAAGAAGAACAAGUACCAGGAGGGACAUGAGACGAAUCCACAGGAGCUGACGGAGGCUGACAGGGACGUUCUCCUGAAGCUGGGGAGGCUGGCGUUUGAACAUCUGGAGAAAGGAAACAUCAUGUUCUACCAAGAAGACCUGGAGCAGUGUGGUCUUGAUGUCACAGAGGCCUCGGUGUUCUCAGGAGUUUGUACCCAGAUCUUCAGGAGAGAGUGUGAGAUCUUCCAGAAACCUGUCUACUGCUUUGUUCAUCUGAGCAUCCAGGAGUUCCUGGCUGCAGUUUACAUGCUCCACUGUUACUCCACCAGAAACACAGAUGUGCUGAAGAACUUCCUGGGAAGAAACUACAGAUGCUCAACUCUGGAUGACUUCCUGAAGAGAGUCAUGCGUAAAUCCCUGGAGAGUAAAAAUGGCCACCUGGACCUGUUUGUUCGCUUCCUUCAUGGUCUUUCUGUGGAGUCCAACCAGAGACUGUUAGGAGGUCUGCUGAACCAGACGGAGAACCGUACAGAAACCAUCCAGAGAGUCAUCAAGAUCCUGAAGGAGAUGAUCACUAACAGCAUCUCUCCUGACAGAAGCAUCAACAUCUUCCAGUGUCUGAUGGAGAUGAAUGACCACUCAGUUUAUCAGCAGAUCCAAGAGUUCCUGAAGUCAGAGAACAGAUCAAAGAAGAAACUCUCUAAGAUCCAGUGUUCAGCUCUGGCCUACAUGCUGCAGAUGUCGGAGGAGGUUCUGGAUGAGUUGGACCUGAAGAAGUACAACACAACAACACGGGGGGGUCGACAGAGACUGAUUCCAGCUGUGAGGAACUGCAGAAAGGCUCGAUUUGUUGAUUGUGAACUCUCAGAGACUCACUGUGAAGUUGUUGCGUCCGCUCUGAAGUCCAACCCCUCCCAUCUGACAGAACUGGACCUGAGUCAGAACCAUCUGCAGGAUUCAGGAGUGAAGCCUCUGUCUGGUGGACUGGAGAGUCCAAACUGUAGACUGGAGACUCUGAGGUUGGAGGACUGCAGGAUGUCAGAGAUCAGCUGUUCUUCUCUGGUCUCAGCUCUGAAGUCCAACCCCUCCCAUCUGAAACAUCUGGACCUGAGUGGGAACCAGCUGCAGGAUUCAGCAGUGAAACAUCUGUGUGGUUUCCUGGACAGUCCAGACUGCAGACUGGAGACUCUGAGGUUGGAGAACUGCGGUCUGUCAGAGAUCAGCUGUUCUUCUCUGGGCUCAGCUCUGAAGUCCAACCCCUCCCAUCUGAAACAUCUGGACCUGAGUUACAAUGGGAAACUGCAGGAUUCAGGAGUGAAACAUCUGCGUGGUUUCCUGGAGAGUCCAGACUGCAGACUGGAGACUCUGAGGUUGGAGGGUUGCAGUUUGUCAGAGAUCAGCUGUUCUUCUCUGGUCUCAGUUCUGAAGUCCAACCCCUCCCAUCUGAAACAUCUGGACCUGAGCGGGAACAAGCUGCAGGAUUCAGCAGUGAAAAAUCUGUGUGGUUUCCUGGAGAGUCCAGACUGCAGACUGGAGACUCUGAGGUUGGAGAACUGCAGGUUGUCAGAGACCAGUUGUUCUUCUCUGGUCUCAGCUCUGAAGUCCAACCCCUCCCAUCUGAAACAUCUGAAACAUCUGGACCUGAGCUGGAACAACCUGCAGGAUUCAGGAGUGAAACAUCUGUGUGUUUUCCUGGAGAGUCCAGACUGCAGACUGGAGACUCUGAGCUUGCAGUGCUGCGGUCUGUCAGAGAUCAGCUGUUCUUCUCUGGGCUCAGCUCUGAAGUCCAAGCCCUCCCACCUGAAACAUCUAGACCUGAGUCUGAACGACCUGCAGGAUUCAGGAGUGAAACAUCUGUGUGGUUUCCUGGAGAGUCCAGACUGCAGACCGCAGACUCUGAGGUUGGAGGGUUGCAGUUUAUCAGAGAUCAGCUGUUCUUCUCUGGUUUCUGCUCUGAAGUCCAACCCCUCCCAUCUGAAACAUCUGAAACAUCUGGACUUGAGCUGGAACCAGCUGCAGGAUUCAGGAGUGAAACAUCUGUGUAGUUUCCUGGAGAGUCCAGACUGCAGACUGGAGACUCUGAGGUCGGAGCGCUGCAGUUUGUCAGAGAUCAGCUGUUCUUCUCUGGUGUCAGCUCUGGAGUCCAACCCCUCUGAUCUGACACAACUGGACCUGAGCGGGAAAAAGCUGCAGGAUUCAGAUGUGAAACAGCUGUGUGGUUUCCUGGACAGUCCAGACUGCAGACUGGAGACUCUGAGGUUGGAGUACUGCAGGAUGUCAGAGAUCAGCUGUUCUUCUCUGGUCUCAACUCUGAAGUCCAACCCCUCCCAUCUGAAACAUCUGAAACAUCUGGACCUGAGCUGGAACCACCUGCAGGAUUCAGUAGUGAAACAUCUGUGUGGUUUCCUGGAGAGUCCAGACUGCAGACUGGAGACUCUGAGCUUGCAGUGCUGCCGUCUGUCAAAGAUCAGCUGUUCUUCUCUGGUCUCAGCUCUGAAGUCCAACCCCUCCCAUCUGAAACAUCUGGACCUGAGUAGGAACAACCUGCAGGCUGCAGAUGUGAAGCAGCUGUCUGACCUGGUGGAGAGUCCAGACUACGAGCUGCAGACUUUCAGCUGGAAAUGGUGAGAGUGAACAGGACGGUGUUUGUGCUGAGAGGAUGAGACGUGUCCUGAUGGUCCUCAGAGGUUCAAGCAGAACCAGUUUGUGUGGACAAACUCUGACUGGACCGUGAUGAUGAUGAAGAUGAAGAUGAAGAUGUACAUAGUUUCUGAAUUCCAGCGUUCUACAAACUUCUCAUAUAUUAAUUUAGUUCAUGUUAAAUCAAAAAUUCUUUAUUGUUAUUAUAUUAUUGAUAAAAAACAGUACAUCAAAAUGUAGCCUUUAAUUUGAACUUGAGUUUCUUUCAACAUUGUUCCUCAAGCACUUUGUCUAAAGUCUGGAUGAGUUCUAGUGUCGGAGGAGCCUACUACUGAUGUACUGAUGGAUAAAUGUCUUAUGCUGCCAUGGCGGAGCUGCUCAGCAGAGCAGCCAUCUCCUCCACCGAGUCACGUGACUCCCCCGGUGUUUUCUUCUUAUUUACAUGUUUCAGUUUCAUUCCAAGUUUUCCUUUGUUGUUGUUGUUGUGUUUUCAGCUUCGUCAGGUUUUUAAAGUUUCUCUCCGCGUCACUGAUGAAGAGAGAGAGUGAAGAGAUCCGUGGAAAUAGCAGCAUUUGAUCAUAAAACACUAAACACAAAUGAACUUGAAUUGGUCAAUGGCUGUUCCUCAGUGUUUGUUCCAGUAAAUAUUGUAAAUGUUUUCUGGAUAUUACGAUGAUUGUUAACACUUCAAAGAAACUCAAAAUUCUUCAGUAAAA